AUGAGGCGUCUAUAUGAAUAUGCGUUGCAUGCUGUUUAUUCUACAUUACAUGUUAUUGAACCAGGAGCAACAAGGGAUCAACUUGCUGAUCACAUAGCGAAACUGUUUAAUAUUGAUCCAGAAGAACAUGAAACGAAAUAUAAGCGAACUCUUAAGGCACAAGCAUGUUCUGUUACGUUAUUUGUUGAUGUUAAAAAGGCACGUGAUUUACUUGGUGAAGAUGAAAAUGGUCUUAGUGAUCCUUAUUGUAAAGUAAGCGUUGUUUCCGUUCCAAACAAGUCAGAGAAUCUCAAUGAUAUGACAACAGCUACAUCUUAUUUAUCAUCUCCAGACUCACCUAUUCCAAUAAAAAGAAGUCGAUCGUUUUUCUCUUGUAUUGCACCACCAUCAAGACCUAAAUCAAAAUCAUCCACAGGAGUAAAUAAACAACGAAAGAGUCGGAAAACUUCGAAAGAUCAUACAUCAGCAAUAUCAACAGAGAGAAGGAAAACAUUGCCUAAACUUAUUUUUCGUACUGAUGUUCGUCCUAAAACAAUUAAUCCAGAAUGGAAUGAACAUUUUGAAUUUGAAAUAGAAAAUGUUUAUACACAAGAACUACUUAUAAGUGUAUUUGAUUCUGAUCGUGGUCAAAUACCAGGAAUGAAAACACUUGUUAAAGAAAAACGAGGUGUUACAAAAAAAAUUCGUGGUAUGAGAACUCUAUUCGCAACAGGGCAACUUGACGAUGAUUUUCUCGGACAAGUUAUGGUUGAUAUAAAAUCUUUAGCUACAUCUGAUCAUGAAAAAUGGUAUCCUUUAACAGGAAUGAAUCAAACACAUGCAAAUAAUAAUAAAUCAAGAGGCGAAAUUUUACUCGGAUUAAAAGUUCAUUUUAAAUUGGCAAGUCGCCAUUGGGUAACAAACGAAAAUGUUUUACAAUUUCAUCGUCGUCAUUCAACAUUAUCAUCUGCUGGUCAAACACCUACAUCGAUUAUCCUACGUUCAAAUAUUUUUCGAAAAAAUUUUCGUCCAGCAUCAUUACAAGUUCGUGAUUAUACACGAACAAGUAUUUUUGAAAAUGAUGACCCAGCGGCACAUUCUAAUUCAGGUGAUUCAAUAUUAACACUAGCUACUGAUUCAGAUUUACCAUUAUUAAUCGAAGAAUAUCAUCAAUUAUUUCGAAUCAUUAUAUUACAUCAAUUAGAAGAUACAAGAGAAUUAAAUAAGGAUAAUUUCAAUGGAUUAUUUAUUGAUUGGGAUGGUGGAAUAAAUGAAUUAUCUUCUAGUGUUCUUCUACAAUUUCGUGUCCUGUAUAAUAUUUCAGUUUUAUCUCAAUCUUUUAUACAAUUACUUGUUAUUUUGGAACUUCGAUGUUCAGAAGAUUAUGCAUUAUUUAUUAGUCAAGCUGUUAUUGAAGCUUAUUUUACAAUAUUUAUGGGUUUAGUAAAAGAACGAACAAAUGCUAAUGAUCUCGAUUUUACUGAUUAUGAAAAAACAAUGUUUAAAGAAAUUUUUUAUUUAUUUAUUGGUCAUUAUAAACAACGUGUGCAUAAUGAUAAAUCAUGGUUUCCACCAUCAAAAGAAAGUUUACCAAAUAUUCAAAGUGUAUUUGACAUACUUCGUAUUUUACUAAAAUUAAAUAUUUGUUCAAACGAAGCAGUAAUGAUAGAACAUCUCGGAGACACAAUACGACUUCGUUUACAAAAUGAUAUUAAUGAUUCAUUUGAUCUACAUACAUUUGUAGUUAAUGAAAAAAAUGAAAUACAAUUACAUACUGCUCGAGAUUUUCUUGAUUAUGUUAAAAAAUUAGCUGAAUCAAUGUCACUUAUACCGGAAUAUGAUGAAAUCUGUACAAAAUAUAAUGCAAAUUAUAUUAAAAUAUGUUUUUUUGGAAGCAAUAGUGCAGGUGAUCGUUUAGCAGAAUUGACAAAAUGUUUAUUAAAAAAUAUGAUAGAUUCUUUUCAAACAUAUUCUAAACCAGUAGUAAAAGCAACAUCAUCUAUAUAUGAUCCAAACUUAAUUCAAAAUUCAACUGUACUUUUAAAUUUAUAUUUAUAUUUACAAACAAUUGUUACAGCAUUAAGAAAUAAUCAUACAGAACAAGAUUGGGUUACAAAUGCAUUUAAAUUAAAAUUAAUUGAAUAUCGUCAAUGGUUUUCACCAACAAUGAAAUUUUUAUUAGAAGGUUUUGUUGCAAAUAUUAGACAAGCAAUGGAAAGAGCUGUAGAAGAUGAUAGUGAACUUAUUCCUGAUGAAAAUAUUAUUCUUUAUUCUCAAUCAUCUAUGGCAGCUACUAGUUUAUGUAUAAAACUUUGUCGAGAAUGGGAAUCAAUUGAUUAUCCUGAUAUUAAUGUACGUUAUACAGCACUUAUUAAAUUAACAAAUACGAUAUGUGAACAAUGUCAACAUUAUGCAAGACGUACAGCACGUAAAUUAUCUGAAAAUGCUUAUUUUACUGAUUUAACACGUACACGAUCGUUUAAUGUUACAAAAAAAUUAUGUAUGUUAGUUAAUGAUAUAGAAUAUGUUAAACGAAAUGUACUUUCAUCAUUACCAAAUUUAUUAAAUUUUUCAACUGUUAUUGAUAAAAUGAUUGAAAAUUAUGGAUCAGAUGAUUUUAGUCAAACAAAAGUUACACUUGAAAGAUUAAUUUCUACAGCUGCACAUGAAAUGACUGAUGUUAUUAAAUCUAUAUUAGAACAUGUAGCUCUAUCAGUUCAUGAAUCUUUAAAAGCAAAAAUUACGAAUUAUUAUCGUGAUGAAAAAGCAGGAAAAGUUGAUUGUAUGAAAGAUGUUAAUCGAUAUAUUGAUCAAGAAAUUCUUCAUCAAUUAUAUAAAGGUCUUGAACCUGUUCAAUAUUCUCGUGUUGCUUGUGCUAUACGUAUAAAAACAUUACAAUGUUUACGUAUAUUAUUACCACCACAAGAACCACCAACAUUCUAUCAACGAGUUAUAGAAUCAUUUGAUCAUUUAGCUGCAUAUUUCGAAGCUGUUUGUCGUGAAGAUCCACAAUUACCUGGUCCACCAUGUGAUGAAAUAACAACAUUUCGACGUUCACUUCAAACAGGUGCAUUAACAACUGAGCAAUUACAAUUAGCGUAUUUUAAAGAAAUAUGUCAAUAUGAAUAUCCAACAAAUAAUGGUGAAAUUGUUUUUCGUACUGCACAUGAAAUAGUCAAUGGUCUAGUUACCAUUCAUUGCUUUAUUCUUUCUUGUCGAAAUUUACCGAGAAUGGAUCUUAUUGGCACAUCAGAUCCUUAUGUUAUUCUUGAAUUAUUACCAUACUCAUUGUAUCAUAAACCCCAAAAAGAAUACAAAACAAGUACACAAAAACGAACACUUGAGCCUGAGUUUAAUGAAUUAUUUCAAUGGCAUCGUCUUCCAUUAAAUGUUUUGAAAGAACGUGGUGCUGUUUUACGUAUAAGUGUUUGGGAUGAAGAUUAUGUUAAUGAUGAUUUUAUUGGUGAAUGUUUUGUACCAUUAGUUAAUAUUGAACCAUUAAAAAAUCUUGCUUCAUUACGUGAUGUUCCUGUAUCAGAAGUACGAUUAAGGCGGCCACUUAAAAAUAUGCAACCACGAACAUUUGAUUUAAUUCGAAAUCGUGCAGCAUUUGAUGAACAAGCUGCUGUUUUUCUUAAACAGCGUACGGCUGUUAUGCAAUCAGGUAAUGGAAGUGAUGUUGCAUCUGCUAUAAGUGAUGAUAGAAAAUCAUCAGCUUCAUAUACUAGCGCAGCACUUCGUUCACUACUUUGCAUGUUUCCAUUUCAUAUUGGUUUUGAUUCUAAUCGUCGUCAUCAUGCGAAUCAGAUGUAUAAAUCAGAUGCAUCAUUAAAUACUUCAAUAUAUUCGGAUAGUAAUUAUAAUAGUUUAAACUAUCGAUUUUGGAAUAUACUCAACUGGAAAGGAACUGGUACUGAUGAAGCUUCAGUGGAUAAUGCAGAUGAAUUUGGUUCGACUUAA